UUUUUUUUUUUUCCGUUUCCUAGGUCCCUUCGACUUUCCAUAAAUAAUAAAAUAUUUUAUCGUAUGUUUACGAGAAAAUACCUGAGCCAUCGCGCUACGAGUGCACGCGGCGGGCGGCGCCGUUGCACCGGCUCUCUGCUUUCACCACGCCUGUUCGGCGCAUAUCGCCGAAUACAUGGAGGUUGAGGUAAAAAUCGAGUAUUUAACGCCCAGUUUCCCAUUAAUAGUUGCCUAAUACUGCAGUUCCUCCUCUCACUCUAACAAGAUUAAUAAAAAAAAAAGAUGGAAUCUAAAGAGACAGAAUCUGGCGUUUUGACUGCGCUGGCAAGGAAAAUGCGUCUUUCCGCCACUUUAGCAAUAAACGAGCUUGUUCAUCGGCGCACAGCUAAAGGUUACAAAGUUGUGCACCUGGGAUUUGGCGAGGCUACUUUUCCUAUUCAGCGCAAUGUAGCUGCAGCUCACAGGAACGCCAGCGAUAUCACUAGUUACCUUCCAGUUGCAGGGUUGCCCGAAUUACAAGAGGCUAUUGCCAAAUUCCAAUCUCGGCGUCUAAAGAAUAACAUUCAGCCCGACCAAGUUGUCGUGGCCCCAGGAUCCAAGCCAUUGCUAUUCGCACUUUUUGACCUUCUACAAGGAGACGUUUUACUGCCGCGACCGUCGUGGGUCAGUUACGAGCCUCAGAUUAUCCAUGCAGGAAAGCAAAUCUUCUGGGUAGAAACAGAUAAAGACGAUCGUCAUACUAUCACAGAGGCGUCUCUGCAAUCGGCGUUUUCAAGCGCAGUCAAAGAAGGUGGCAAUCCUCGAAUUAUGCUUAUAAACAGUCCUUCCAAUCCCACUGGUCAGGCUUUCAAUAAGCGUGAUGUAGAGACCAUCAGCGCCUUUUGCAGAAGCCAUGAUAUUACUCUCAUCAGUGAUGAGAUAUAUUCUGACAUAAGCUUCUCUGAAGAAAGCAGUGCAACUCCAUGCUCAGGGUCGCGAUUUAACAUUGGCCACAAAAUUUUGACUGGUGGACUUUCAAAGACUUAUUCUGCUGGAGGAUGGAGGGUUGGCUAUGCCAUCUUUCCUGCAAACGACUUUGGAGCGAGGGUACAAUCGGCAGUCUUGGCAUAUGCGUCUGAGUGCUGGUCUGCCGCCUCAGCACCCGCCCAAAAAGCCGCUGCCGUAGCGUUCGAUACUAGUCCAGAAAUGGAUUUGUAUCGUAGCCAGGUUGUGUCAUUACACAAGCGAUGCACGUUGGCGUUGUAUCAAGCUUUACGUCAAUGUGGCCUCGCAGUUGCAGAACCAAAGGGUGCCUUUUAUGUUUAUCCAUCGUUUCAUCCAUUUUCGAAACAGCUUGAAGCUCGUGGAAUUUGGUCUAGCCAAGAGUUAUCCCGGUGGCUUAUUGAAGAGUGUGGUGUCGCAGCCCUUCCAGGUUCGGCAUUUGGCGAGGACGAUGCUGGGCCCAUUGGUGGUCGAUAUCGCCUGAGGAUGGCCACAAGCUACCUGUAUUUCCAUGACCAGAUUGAAAGAUAUGAACAUGGAUAUCAUCUUCUAGAUUUAGCUUCGGAUGCGAAUAAUGUUCUAAAUCUACCUUUGCUAGAUGAAGCCAUACAGGCCAUACAAAACGCCGUGGCAAAGCUUAGAAUAGAGCUAUAGAUAUGUCAAUUAAGAAACAUACCGCGUGCUUAA